AUGACUUUAAAUCGCGAGUGGAUGUAUAGAAGGUUAACGAGAGGUUUGUAUAAUCCAGAAUUCAUAAGGGGUGUUGAGCAAUUUAUUGAGUUUGCAAAGAAUCAUCGUGAAGGGAGGGAUGGUGAGAGACUAAGGUGUCCAUGUAACCGAAAAAAGUGUCAGAACAGAAAUUUUGAAGAUGUUCUUACUGUCCACGAACAUUUAUUGCGCGAUGGCUUUGUACCUGGAUAUCAUAUAUGGUACUUGCAUGGAGAAAAUGAGGUUACGAGAAAUAUAAAUCAACAUGAAGAGAUGCGAAAUUGGGAUCAGUCUAUGAAUACUGAAUCGGUAAAUGUGGGUGCAAUUGAUGAGCCUGGAUCACCUACUUCAUACCACAGAAUGGUCCUUGACGCCGCUGGCCCCUCAUUCGAUCCGAUUGAUAGGGAUGAAUUACCGAAUCCUGAUGCGCAGAAAUUUUAUGAUAUGAUAGAUUCUGCAAAUCAAGAGGUGUGGCCUGGCUGUGAAACACAUUCUCAAUUGUCAGCUGUUGCACGUUUAUUGCACAUCAAGUCUGAACACCAUCUAUCUAAUAGAUGUUUUGAUGACAUUUGUCAAUAUGUGAAUGAGAUGAUUCCUCCGGAUAACCCAAUGCCAAAUAAUUUCUAUGAAACUAAGAAGUUAAUGCAGGGAAUGAACAUGCCAGUAGAAAAAAUCCACAGUUGUAUAAAUGCCUGUAUGAUUUAUUGGGGAGAAGAUAGUGAACUUAGCCAUCGCAAGUUUUAUCGCCAUCCCAGGUACAAGCCUACUAGGCAAAUAUCGAAUUCAAAGAGAAAUCUUGUACCAUUCAAACAUAUGUACUACUUUUCCCUCACUCCAAUUACAACGGUUAUAUGCUUCCGACAUGACUGCUGCACAUAUGUGAUGGCAUGCCGAGCAUAA